AUGAUCGAAGUCCAGGAUCUGAUCACUUCUCGAGGGGGAGAUCCCAAAAAAGUGAUUGAGAGCCAACAGAAGCGAUUUGCACCCACCGAGAUCGUCGACGAAGUCAUUGCCCUAUGGAACGAUGCCUACCAGACGAGAUACAAAGCGACACAGUUCGGCGCAAAGAUCAACGCUGUACAAAAGGAGAUUGGUAAAUUGAAGAAGGCAAAACAAAACGCAGACCACCUCCUCAAAGAAAAGGCCGAUCUCGAAAAAGAAAAGAAAGCCACCGAAGACGAGGCCGCCGAGAAAGAGAAGCUACGGGACAAAAAGUGCAAAUCGAUUGGAAACUACGUGCACGAGUCGGUCCCGAUCAAUGACAAUGAGGACUUCAACGAGGUCGUCAAGAAAUGGGCCCCCGAAGGCGUCACGGUCGAGAAGAAAGACUGUCUCUCUCACCACGAAGUCAUGACCCGCGCCGAAGUGUACGAUGGCGAGCGGGGCGUCAAACUGGUCGGCCAUCGCGGCUACUUUCUGAAGAAAUGGGGUGUUCUGCUCAACCAGGCUCUCAUCAACUACGGCUUGCAUUUUCUGGUUGGAAGAGGCUACGACCCGAUCCAACCCCCGUUCUUCAUGAAGGCCGAAUAUAUGGCCAAAACGGCGCAACUGGAGCAAUUCGACGAGGAACUGUAUAAGGUCGUCGAGGGUGGGGAUGCGGAAGACAAAUAUCUCAUCGCGACUUCGGAACAGCCGCUUUCCGCCAUGUUCGCCGACGAGUGGUUGACCGAGAAGGAUCUCCCGAUGAAGUUUGCCGGAUACAGUUCGUGUUUCAGGAAAGAGGCCGGCUCUCAUGGUCGAGAUGCCUGGGGGUUGUUCCGGAUACACCAGUUUGAAAAGAUCGAGCAAUUCCUAUUCGUCAAGCCCGAAGAGUCAUGGCAAGCCCUCGAAGACAUGCGCGAGACGGCCGAAACAUUCUACCAAUCUCUCAAACUACCCUACCGCGUCGUCGCGAUUGUGUCCGGCGCCCUCAAUAACGCCGCCGCCAAGAAAUACGACCUGGAAGCCUGGUUCCCCUAUCAAGGCGAGUACAAGGAGCUGGUGUCAUGCUCCAACUGCACCGACUACCAGACGCGCGAGCUCGAGAUCCGCUACGGCCAGAAGAAAGGCGCCAUCGACGCGCGGAAGUCGUAUGUCCACGCCCUGAACGGCACGCUGUGCGCCACAGAACGCACGCUCUGCUGUUUGCUGGAAACGUACCAGAAAGAAGAUGGCUUUGAAGUCCCAGAGGUCCUGAGACCGUAUAUGCCGCCGGGCACACCGGACAUCAUCCCCUACACUAGGGAAUUGCCCAAGGAGUCGACUUCGGUCAAGGCCAAGCAGCCGCCCAAACCGAAGGGCGAGGAUGGUGCUCCUGACGGCGGACCGAAGCUGAAUAUGCCCUCGGCGGAGAAUGUUGCUGAUAAGAUGAAGGACAUGAAGGUUUAG